CCGGGGCGCAGCCCGCGUCCGCCGGGCCCGCGCCGCUGCCGCGCACCGACGGUGUGUGCUACGUCGCCGACCUCGGCUGUGGCGACGCCCGCCUUGCGUCGACGCUGAUGCCCGAGGCCGAGAAGCUCAAGCUCAAGGUCCUCAGUUACGACCUGCACUCCCCCGCCGAGCACGUCAUCAAGGCCGACAUCGCCAACCUCCCGCUGGACGACGACUCGGUCGACAUCGCCAUCUUCUGCCUCGCCCUCAUGGGCACCAACUGGCUCGACUUCGUCGAGGAGGCCUACCGCAUCCUCCACUGGAAGGGUGAGCUCUGGGUCGCCGAGAUCAAGUCCCGCUUCGGCCCCGUGCGCCAGAAGAACGCCGUCGUCUCCCACAGCGUCGGCAACCGCAAGAAGGCCGCCGCCGCCGCCACCAACAAGGGCAAGGCGGGCGAGCCAGAGGAGACAGAGGCGGACCGCGUCGCCCUCGCCGUCGAGGUCGACGGCCACGAGGACAAGCGCGGCGAGACGGACGUGUCGGCCUUUGUCGAGGCCCUGAGGAAGCGCGGCUUCGUGCUCGCGGGCGAGGGCGAGGGCAACAAGGGCGCCGUGGACCUGUCUAACAAGAUGUUUGUCAAGAUGCGCUUCAUCAAGGGCGCGGCGCCCACCAAGGGCAAGGGUCUCGCCGCCGCCAAGGCGGCCGGCUUCGUCGACAAGGAGAAGAAGAAGCAGAAGCGCUUUGUGUGGGAGACGGAGGAGGACCAGGUGGACGAAUCGGCCAUUCUCAAGCCGUGCCUGUACAAGAUUCGGUGAUCUGGACGACUGUACGUUUUCGAAUGUGCGCGGGUGUGUGGGUGUGUGUGUGUGUGCAUCUGGUAAAUAAAAAGUUACAUGUGCUUAGAUUUUGGCUGGGAUUAGGGGUUUACACAUACUCGAAAACCACAUGCAAUCAAGUUUCUAUUUUCGGAC